UGAAAGCACAAAAUAUUUGUUGAAAUAUUUUCAUUUAUUAAUCAAAUUGCUUUAUUUCGUUAACUGCUUCAAUUAAGAAAAAAUGACCACUCUCCGACCAUUUACAUGCGAUGAUAUGUACAAGUUUAACAAUGUAAAUUUAGAUCCUCUCACCGAAACCUACGGUCUAUCCUUUUACAUGCAAUAUCUGGCUCACUGGCCGGAAUAUUUCCAAGUCGCCGAAUCACCAAGCGGUGAAAUUAUGGGCUAUAUUAUGGGUAAAGCUGAGGGCAUUGGAGAGAAUUGGCACGGCCACGUUACAGCUCUAACAGUUUCUCCGGAUUUUCGUAGACUCGGUUUAGCAGCAUCACUAAUGAACUUCCUGGAAGAUGUUUCCGAAAAGAAACGAGCCUAUUUCGUGGAUUUGUUCGUUCGAGUCAGCAACAAAGUAGCGAUUAAUAUGUACAAAAAUUUGGGCUACAUAGUUUACAGAACAGUUUUGGAAUAUUACUCAGGUGAUCCCGACGAGGAUGCCUACGAUAUGAGGAAGGCAUGUUCUCGAGAUGUGAACCAAAAAUCCGUUAUACCUCUAACGCAUCCGGUUAGACCCGAAGAUGUAGACUGAACAUAUUCGCUUAAAAGUGUAUUAAAGGUAAAUAUGUACGAGCUAUUUGAAAUCGUCUUUCUAUUAAAGUAUUUAUAAUGAAAUAUUAGAUAAUUUUUUGUACAAAUAUAAAGCAAAC